CUGGAGGGACAAAGCAACAUCUUGGCUUUAGACUGCAAUAUAAGAUCCUUACUGAUCUCCCAUUACAGCCAUGCUCUGAAAAUAUUUCCCAUAUUUUGCUUCAUUUGGGUGACUGAUAAAGUAAUCUGGUGAUGGCUCUUGUAAUGGAACCUAUUAGCAAGUGGAGCCCCAAGCAAGUAGUAGACUGGAUGAAAGGGCUGGAUGAUUGCCUACAGCAGUACAUCAAAAACUUUGAGAGGGAAAAGAUCAAUGGAGAGCAGUUGUUACACAUCACGCAUCAGGAGCUAGAGGAACUGGGUGUCACACGAAUUGGUCACCAGGAACUGAUCUUGGAAGCCGUUGAUCUGCUGUGUGCUUUAAACUAUGGUCUGGAGACUGAAAACCUGAGGACUCUCUCACAUAAGCUUAAUGCCUCUGCCAAAAACCUGCAGAAUUUUAUAACGGGUAGAAGGAGGAGUGGACAUUAUGAUGGAAGAGCCUCCAGGCGAUUGCCAAAUGACUUUCUUACCUCUGUUGUUGAUCUGAUUGGUGCUGCCAAGAAUUUGUUAGCGUGGUUGGAUAGGUCUCCGUUUGUAAGUGUGACUGAAUAUUCACUGCUAAAAAACAACAUUGUUCAACUGUGCCUGGAAUUGACCACCAUUGUGCAGCAGGAUUGCACUGUGUAUGAAACAGAAAACAAAAUUCUUCAUGUAUGUAAAACUUUAUCUGGGAUCUGUGAUCACAUCAUCUCUUUGUCAUCGGAUUCUUUGGUGUCUCAGUCUGCUCACUUGGAAGUUGUUCACCUCACCAACAUUAUGCCUAGUGAAGGACUGGGAAUGUACAUUAAGUCUACAUACGAUGGACUGCAUGUGAUUACUGGAACUACAGAAAAUUCUCCUGCAGACCAGUGCAAGAAGAUUCAUGCAGGUGAUGAAGUCAUUCAGGUCAACCAUCAAACUGUUGUGGGCUGGCAGCUAAAGAACUUAGUAAAUGCUUUGAGAGAAGAUCCAAAUGGGGUCAUCCUAACACUAAAGAAGAGACCACAGAAUACUCUGGCAUCUGCCCCUGCACUGUUAAAAAAUGUUAGGUGGAAACCACUAGCCCUUCAGCCUUUAAUUCCAACAAGUCCUACGAGUGGCAACACUACUCCCACUGGAACAAUUGGAAUGUCAUCCAAAGUAGAUAGCUCAAACCUACAUGAUGUUUUCAUCCUUUCUCCAGUUUCAGGACUUUAUGGCCCGAGGGAUGAAAUUGGAAUUGUAUCGUGCGACGACAUCAAUAAAUAUGGUGUAGGAAAGUCAGGAAUGAAAGGCUCUGAAUCCCCAAGCUAUUACCUAGAGCAUGAAAGCGGCAAAUAUUACACUUUAAUUGAAGGUGAGGGACAUCAAGUUGGCUCAGAGUAUGAAAGAGGUAGAUCAACAGGGGUGCGGAGAAGAGAAAAGACACCAACACACGGUGAUCUGAGACCUGUUUCUAUGCCCACAGAAUACAGCUGGUUAGGGGAAUCCAAGGAGCCAAAUAUGUACAAAAGAGGUAGUAGAGACUCUGAGAAUUCGCUCCUGCGCUACCUGAGUGAUGAUAAAAUCCUAGUGAUACAAGAAGAGCCGGUUACACAGAAAGACAACAAAAGGGACACAGGGCGCAGGUCAAGAAAAAAAGGCAAGAACACAGGUAGCCCGAGCUACCCAAUCAGUCCAUCAAUGUUAACUUCCACUGGACGCCUAGACCCUGCUCAGCAAGAUGUCUUGACAUUUUCACUGGCUGAGAGCAACACGGUUCCAUUAUACCAUAGAACGGGUGACACACUUGGUGGAGACUCGGAGAGGUACACAACUUCAGCUGCUGAGCGUCAAGGAAUCACAUCGAUGAGGAAGUCUUUCCAUUCCGCAUCUUUGAGGGUUAGAACGAAAAAGAGGUCAAAAGGAAGCUCCCUAACCGGAGGAAGCAGAAGGCGGAUUUCAUGCAAAGAUUUGGGCCAUGGUGACUGCGAAGGUUGGCUGUGGAAAAAGAAAGAUGCCAAAGGUUACUUCACACAAAAGUGGAAAAAAUACUGGUUCAUUCUUAAAGAUUCUUCACUGUACUGGUACACAAACCAAAAUGAUGAAAAGGCAGAAGGGUUUAUUAGUUUGCCUGAAUUCAGGAUAGAUCGAGCCAUUGAAUGCAGAAGGAAACAUGCCUUCAAAGCAUGUCAUCCGAAAAUUAAGAGUUUCUUCUUUGCUACUGAUUGUCUUGAAGAAAUGAAUAGAUGGAUGAACCGUUUAGGCCUUGCAGCAAUUGGUUACACUCCAGAUGAAAAGGAUACCAGACCAAAUGAAGCAGAUUACUGGAGUGAAAGCGACCAGGAUGAUAUUGAUGGUUCAAUGACUUUAAGGCAGGAAGCACCAUCAACAGUUAAUUCAUCCAGUCCAUUUCCUGAGCCAAAGCACGGGCGCCAUUUUUCAAGUGAGUCAACAUAUUCCCACUCUUCUGCUGAAGAUUCAAGACAGGAUGCCACUGGAAGUACACAUUCCUCUGGGUGCAGGCCCAGUUACAGGGAAAGACGUUCUUGGCAAGAUCUAAUUGAAACACCUUUAACAAGUUCAGGACUUCACUUUCUGCAGACUGUACCUUCUGAUGGAGAAUAUGUAGUAGGUCAUACUGGAAUGUCCCCAGAACAGAGGAGGCAAGCCACGCUUCCAGUUCAAAGACGCCACAAUAAUGAAAGAGAUGGACCUUUCCCUCUAACAGAAUGCCCUAGGGGGCACACAUCACAUGCUAGGACACAAAAACAACGCAGCCAAAGCCUGCCAAGAAACAGGGAUGUUAGAGUUAAAAGUCGUGGGAAGAAUACAGAAAAGCUAGAAGAAAAAUCUGAAGAUGAACUUUCAAAAAGGACUCAUAGUAAUUCAGAUAAAGAAGAAAGCAAGAAAGAAAAAAGGUCUAGCACUGAUGGGCUUCAAGAGCUCUACAAAACACUGGAACAAGCCAGCCUAUCCGCAUUUGGAGAACAACGGCUUUCGACCAAACAGGAGUUUAGGCGGUCUUUCAUAAAAAGGUGUAAUGAUCCAAUCAUGAAUGAAAAGCUCCAUCGAAUUAGAGUCUUGAAAAGCACUGUAAAGGCAAAAGAAGGAGACCUUGCAAUCAUCAACUCUCUUCUGGAGGACCCACAAUUGUCAUCUAAGAAAUUGAAAGAGUGGAAGCAAAAAAACUUAGAGUUUUUCUUGGACAUCUGUGAGUACAUUGGAACCCUGAAACCUCAGAACGGUGCCUCUGAACUUCCUUCUUCGGCACCCUUAGUGGCACAUACACAUUCAUUUAUUGAAACGCACGUCUGACCAGUAGCAGCACCAUGAACAAUACAUUUGCUAGGUGCCACCGGAAAUUCAAUUCGAGAAACACUGUAAUCUUUGUAUAUAAUGUAAUCAAGUAUAUUGUACAUAGACUGAAUAAGAGAAUAGUGCCACAGGAUGCCUAUGACAUUGCAUGAAAAAUUCCGUAUUAUUAUUAUUUCCUAAGUUAUUUUUCCUGUAUGUACCAAGAUCUGCAUAUAAGUUUAAUUACUGUAUCAUGGAGGGCUGAUGCUACUGUCCAAGUACCUUCCCAAAAUAUUUUAUAUACCUAGAUACAGUGCUAUUAUCAGGGAGUGCCGGAGUAUACCACUGACUAAGGGCAAGGAAAAUCCAAUUGUAUUUCUGCUCAGUCUUGGUGGGGCCUGGUCACUCCUUUCUUGCACCAGGCAUGAGGGUUUCUGCAAGGGACCCUGUUUAGAUAUGCAAUCACUCUCUGGCUUUUUUCUGUAUCUAUAUAUACAAAAUUGCAUACAGUAAUAUAAAUUAAUUUUGCAAUACUAUAACUGAUAACAUUUUUACAGUUUUUUUCCAUGCCCUUUGGGUACCAGAGGUGUUUUGGAUUACAUGUUGGUCACUAUAAUCAUUACACUUUUUUUGUAGAUGUAAAAUAUCUCUAGGAGUUGAAAGAGGUUCCAGACAAAGAGAAAUGGAUUAGCCCCUUAGUGCCUUAAGAUGUGUCUUGUGCAUCCUGCAAACAGCAGCUUUCUUGAUCUAUGUGAUGUGUGUUGGGCCUGGAUCCAACUUCCAAGGAAGGCUUUCAACUCUUAUUGAACUGUUUAAGGGAUGCUCCAACUUAAGGUGGCUUUUAGUUAGCUCAGAAAGUCUGUUUGAAGUGCUAGAUGUCUUUGCAGGAUUAUCAAUCUAUCCACUGUGAAUUUAAUGCCACUAUCCUGUGACUUAAGAAACUCUAACUGAUGUUGGGAAAUUCAACUGGUAAGGAGUAUUCUCCAUACAGGAAGAGCAACGUGAACUGUUCCUGAUGAAAGUGAACAAAUAGUGCAAACACAGAGCUA